UCAUGCUGUGUCCCCGUUUGCAGUAAUGGAACAAGAACAGGAUCCAGCUAUGCAAGAAAAUGCCACCAUCAGGGCAAUCAGAGAAGAAUACAGGAAAGCUUUUGUGUAUGUUAAUAAAGGCCUGAACACAGAUGAGCUGGGACAGAAGGAAGAAGCAAGGCAUUAUUACAAGCAGGGGAUUGACCACCUGCUGAAGGGAGUCCAUAUUCCUUCCCAAGGUCCUGAAUGUGCAGGACCCCAAUGGGAUGCUGUCAGGCAGAUGCAGCAGAAGAUGAGGGAUACCCUACAAAAUGUUAGUGCUCGGCUGAGCGUUCUAGAUGAGAAUGUGCAGCCCAAUCCCAUGGAAGUGGGUGCUUCUGCAGAGGUACCUAGAUUAUAUCCAGCAAUUCCUGUUAAAAAAAAGCCCGGGAGGCCUCCUGUGCCUGAUUCAUUGAAAUCACCUCCUUCUUCAAAGGCUCUGUCUGUAGAAGCACCCCCUGCUUAUACCCCGGAGGCCACCGAUGGGCACUAUACCGUGUCCUAUGGAACGUACUCUGGGGAGUUCUCAUCAGUUGGAGAAGAUUUCUACAACAAAAACAUGCAGCCGCCUCCUGUUCAGAAUUUUGGAGUGGAAGCAGACGAGCUGAUCCUCAUUCCGCACGGGGUGCAGAUAUUCUACGUGACACCUGAUGGGCAAGUUAGCGCUCCCUCGUAUCCUGGAUAUCUUCGGAUUGUGAAGUUCUUGGACAGUGACGAAGCACGGGCCCAAAAUCAUCCCCCUGCUUUUCUUCAGGUUUGUGACUGGCUAUAUCCCCUGAUGUGCUCUCAGUCGCCUGUUCUCUCCUGCAGUAGUGGAGUGUACAUGUUCCCUGACGUGAUGUCACAGGUGUCAGGAUCCUACGUGGGAGUAGUGUUAUCUUCGGAACUCCCCGCUGCUGUCAGAGAACUAUUUGAAGAUCUGCUGAAGCAGAUGUCUGACCUUCGAGUGCAGCCAGCUGAGGCUUCCAGUGAUGUGAUCAACCUCCGCCAAACAGUGCGUAUUCAGCCAGAGCCUGAAGAGGGGGCAAGAGCAAUACCUGACUGGAGUGAGAAGGUCGCCCAUGGGAUCUUAACAGGAGCCUCCUGGGUGAGCUGGGGUCUGGUCAAAGGAGCCGAAUAUACUGGAAAAGCCAUUCACGCGGGAGCAUCUAAACUGCGAGAACACAUUCAGCCGGAGGAAAAACCUGUGGAAGUCAACCCAACUGUAGCAAAGAGUCUCCAAGUAGCAAAGCAAGCUACAGGAGGGGCGGUAAAAGUCAGCCAGUUCUUAGUUGAAAGUGUGUGCUCAAUUGCAAGUUGUGUUGGAAGAGAGUUAGCCCCUCAUGUCAAGAAGCAUGGAUGCAAACUGGUUCCAGACGCGCUUAAGAAAGACAAAGAUGGGAAAUCGACUUUGGAUGGGGCUCUUGUUGUAGCUGCAAGUGGAGUUCAAGGGUUUUCCACAAUCUGGCUCGGUUUGGAAGGUGCUGCAAAAUGCAUUGCUAAAAAUGUAUCCACAGAGACGGUUCAGACUGUCAAGCACAAGUAA